UGGAUUUUGGAGAAAUGGAAAGAAGGAGCAAUUCUUGAGACAACUGAUCCCAGAUUGGGAGGUGAUUUUGUGGUACAGGAAAUAGAGUUGGUUUUGAAGCUAGGUCUGCUUUGCUCUCACUAUAAUCCUGUAACUAGGCCUAGCAUGAGGCAAGUGAUGCAGUAUUUGGAUGGGGAAGUUAUCUUGCCCGAGGUAUUUAUGGAUAUUGCAAGUGUCGGCAUGGUUGCAGUAUUUGGGAAUGAAGUUUCAAAUGAAUUUGCAAUGACAUUCCCUUCAUCAUACUCGGGGAGUGUUUCUGCUAAAGCCAUGUCCAGUACUGAAUCACUCCUUAGCGUGGGAGGUUAA